UUUAUAAGUAUGAAUAAAUGAAUGCUCAAAUGUAAAAAACAGCUUCGUCCUCAAGUUAAAAAAAUAAGCAAGUAGGAGAGAGAAUUGAAAAUGGAGUGUGUUCCAUGUCACGUGAAGAACAAGAAGAGAACAUAGAGGAAGAAAAGGGAGAAGAGCAAUUAGGAAGAACAAGAAGAUGAAGGAUAAAUAAAGAAAACUAAGAGGCAGAAAAAAAACAAGAACAAAAAGGACAAGACGAAAAUAUGAACAAGAACAAGAAGAGUAUAGGAAGAAGAAAACGAAAAGGAAGAACAAUCAAGAACAAUAAGAAGGUAAUUCGAGUAACAAGGACAAAAAUAUCGAGGAAAAUCCAUGAAAGAAAUCCAUGUAAUAGUUCUCCAUGCGCCUCUCAGCUGAUCAUGUAAACAAACCCUCGUGUAUGGCCGGCUGGCGGGCCCUCAGGAUCUCUCACUGAAGAAGAAAAAAAGGCCUUGAGAAGCAAAUGGCGUGGGUAAUUUCGUGAAGGGUUUAAUGAGACGUGGCUGAUUCCUUUUGGUUGUGAAUAGACACCCCCAUGGCUGGUCGGCUGGUGGGGCGUGCAGCUGUGAGGGGCGUGAGUGGGCGUGGGUGUGUGCUUCCUAGACCCCCUUGUUGCUGCUCCUCCUCAGUGACACGAGACCAAUGGCUGCCCAGGUUACCUCAUCAGCUCAGCACACCUCCCUUCAGCACUGUUUCUCGGGAGACUCAGCAGCUGAAGGUUGAGGAUGACUUCCCUGCGCACCUCCACACCAGAGGACACGAGAUGGAGGGGAACCUGGCCUUACUACUGCUCCUGUCCGCUCGGUGGGAUGAUGGCGCCAGCGUUCGUCAGUUACUAGAGCAGCAGGCAGAGGCGUCAGGGGUGAGGCCGAGCGCACACACCAUGGAGAGUGUUCUUAUCACGUACAUCAAGAACAAGAACCUCCCUGCAGCUGUUGGCCUGUACGCUGACAUUCAGAGGGAGUACGGGGCAUCCGCUAUAGAGGCCUGCACUGUGGUUAACCUGUGCUUGAUGCUAAUGGAGAGUGGGGAGCCUUCAGAGGGAGUGGGAACAAUGAGGGACUUUGUCGAGUCCCAUGCGAGGCCGGACAUGCCCCCAAAGAGCGCCGCGGAAGGCUGCAAGGCGCUCCUUCACCGAGUGGCGGAAACGGGGAGCUACGAGUUGACCAAGGAGCUGUUUGACCUCCUGCUGCAGGGGCGCCUGGUUGACCCCGGCCCACAGGUGGUGGCGCCGCUCCUGCAGUGCAAGCUGGAGAGGGAUGACUUGGAGGGGACAGUCGAGGUGGCCGAGUACAUCUAUCACAGCUUCCACACCCUGCCCAAGAGAAUGGAGAUACUUAUUAAGAUUAUGAGCCAACACCCACCUAGUGACGAGGACCUGCUGCCUGUUCUGAGGAGAGCCAAGGAACAGACCAGCCAAUGUGAAGGUGUUGGCGACAGUCUGCUGGGGCGUAUAUUUGACCUUGCCCUGCACUGCUACGGCACAACACAGGCCCAGCAUGACCUACUGUUUGCCUGUCUCGAGUCUGGAUAUCCUGCAGCUGCCCGCCUUGUACUAGAGGCCUUGGGCAGUGAGGUGGAUGAGCGCCAAGUCGUGAGGUUGUGCAAGAUCUACGCCAAGAAUGAGCGCGAGGCAGCCCUGGAGCACCUGCUGGCCGCCUCUCGGGGCAUGACCACCCUCGACCGGACCAAGAUCUGCGAGAUACUUUUGGAUGCCUACAGACUUGCUGGCAACACAACGGCUGGAGAGAAAGGUUUGUCACUGUGGAGGGCAAUGCAGGAGGAAGGCUUGACCCCCUCCUCGGCCUUCCUCUCCUCCCUGGCAGCGCUCCUCGCCUCCUGCAGCAUCGAGGUUCCAUUCCAGGUGCCGUGAGGCCGGGCCGGGAAGCCACUACGCAAGGGUCGGAAUGUUGUUGUGCUGGCUAUUGCAUCUUUACAUUGAGACUCGGCUUCUGUGCCUAUGAGUCUGAUAAAUUUGUACAUUUUUUAUAAGUUGAUUUUUUUGGGGGGGGGGCACAGGAAGCGGUUCACGGGCAACAAUGUAGAAAAAAAAGCCCGCUAAUUGCUGCUCCCAAUAUUGUAUAGUUUGUACCUAACUCCAUGCUUGUUUCUAUAUAAAAACCCUUCUCUUAAAGCCAGCCAGAGGUUUAUAUGGACAUGGGUUCAGAAUCAA